AUGUUGGAAGAGUUUCUAUCGCAGAAUAAGAAUGUGCAGAAAUCGUUAGAAAAAAUUAGUGAUAUUUUUGCAGAAUCAGGUUUUGAUGGAAUUGUUGGAUUAGCAUAUCCAUAAUUUACUGCUUACAAUUUCAACCCAUUAUUUGAUAACAUAAUGCAUUAGAAAUUGUUAUACAGAAAUGCAGAUAACAUUCUGUUCUAUGGAAAAAAUUUAGGUCUUUGCAAACAUGGAUGCAAAGGAGUUGCAGUUACUGGUACUUCAUUAUUAACUGGUCCAUCAGUAGCUUUAUAUGAUUUACUGGAUUUAUUCUAUCUCAAUAUAGAUUCCUUAAAUAUUGAUGAAAUUGCAGCAACCUUAAAGAUUUACCAAAAUUAACAUUCGUUUUAGAUGGUAUCAAUUAUGAUUUGGAUGCCAAUGAUUCUGUUAUGAAAAUUGAUUUAAAGUAUAAUAUGAAAUUAAUUUAGGUUCUUAUAAUACUUUCACAAAUGCAGAUAGUUUUGUAGAAACUAAUUGCUAAUGUUUUGGUUCAUUCAAGCCUUAAGAUAUUCCAUCACCAUAAGGGUCAGCUUGGAUUUUUGGUGA